UUUCUAAUUUUGCUUUUUCUAAUCCCCCUUGACUGUUUUAUAGGUUUACUAUUAUUUUAUCUUUAUUUUGUUCAAUUACCUAAUCAGUAUCCAGUCAAGUUUUCCAGAGUUCCGCUAAUAAUCUGAUUAUUUGAGUCAAGUGUGUUGAAAGAUUUUGUUCUAUUUCGUUCUUAUGACUGUAAAAGUGAUGAUAAUCACAUUUACAACCAACAGCGCCCUCUGACUGUUGUAGAUUUCGUUGUAAGAACGCCACAGAGCGCUUUGUUUUCCUCAUGAAGGAGCCUGUUGCUAGGAACGCAAACAGCUGUCGCUGGGCUUAGGACCCCCGUCCAUUUUUACGUCCACAGAAAUGCCGGAUUUGAAUUUUUCAUUAUGUCGUAAAAUUAUUUUAAAAAUAUAUAUGUUUAUUGUUGAUAUAGUGUCGUAAUCAGUCCAAACUAUGAUAACCUCUAAAGGUUUACGCAUAAAAAGUCAAAUUAAACGAGUUAAUGAUAACUUUUAUUGCGAGGCAGUUAAGUAGGUCCACACAACCGUUUCUUCAGUUACUGAAAACACAACUUAACAUUAACAUUAGGCUUUGUCAAUCUCCAAACGUAACAAAAAGCAUCGUCGUUAGUCUUAAUAACUUGUUUUAUUUAGCCCGCGGUGGUUCAGAUGGAUUCUUACCACGUACUAAACCUGGUCGGAGAGGGCUCAUUCGGCCGAGUUUACAAGGGGAGAAAAAAGUUCACCGGCAAGGUCGUAGCUCUAAAGUUUAUGCCGAAAGUGGGUCGGACGGAAAAAGAGCUGCGAAGUUUGAAGAGAGAAAUAGAAAUUAUGAGAGAUCUUCGACACCCAAAUAUAGUCCAGCUCUUUGACAGUUUUGAGACUGAAACCGAGGUUGUGGUUGUAACUGAGUAUGCAGAAGGCCAGUUGUUCCAGAUUUUGGAGGAUGACGGACACUUGCCAGAAAGCCAGGUGCGAGAGAUUGCCUGCCAGCUGGUCUCUGCUCUGUAUUAUUUACACUCCCAUCGCAUCCUUCACCGUGACAUGAAACCUCAAAAUAUCCUGCUAGGAAAAAGCGGUGUGGUGAAGCUCUGUGACUUUGGGUUUGCCAGAGCGAUGAGCGUCUCCACGCUGGUCCUGACUUCCAUCAAGGGAACACCGCUGUACAUGUCGCCUGAGAUCGUAGAGGAGAAGCCGUACGACCACACCGCUGACCUGUGGGCUCUGGGCUGCAUUUUGUAUGAGCUCCACACGGGGGUGCCACCAUUCUACACCAACUCCAUCUUCCACUUGGUGCAGCUCAUUGUGAAAGAUCCGAUCAAAUGGCCGGACACGAUGAGCGACAGCUGCAUGAGUUUCCUGAAAGGUUUGUUGACUAAAGACCCACAGAAACGUUUGUCAUGGCCAGACCUCCUGCACCACUCCUUUGUUGCUGAUGGUGUUUUAGUGCUGUCCGACACAAACCUCUUCAGCCCGCUGACAGUCACACCCAGCCCAGACGUGGUGGCCAUGAAGCUGAAGCAAGUGGCAGAAAAGUCUGUGCCGACAUCAGGAGAGAGCAUAUUAAUGAGAAAGGCCAGGGAGCAGAUGGAGCUCCAAAAGAGAGAGAAAAAGAAGGAAGGAUGUGAAAGAGUGAAUCCUGCUGCAGUAAUGGCGUCGCCUAAAGCCCUCUCCAUUGAAGUCCCUGCAGCUUCUGGCCAGUUGGCCACGGCAGUCAAUCAAAGCAUGAACCUGAAGAGUAAAACACGCGCCACACCAACACAAAGGGGUCAGAUCAGCAGAGACUACGAACAGGAGUUUCCCUCUGUUGAGGUCGGGCCGCGACUCGUGCGCAGAGGGAAUGACGGACCAGCCACACUUCGCAGGCAGGAUGUUGCUACUGAAAGGCACUGUGAGAAUCGUGUCCAGGAAACAGACCUAAGCAGGCAGCAGAAGAAGCUCGUGAACUACAAUGACGUCAUAUGUCAAAUUAAAUCCAGCAUUAGAGCAUUUCAGGUUCAGCUGAUAGGUGUCGGUGUUAUAAAUGUGCAGCAGAUUGAGCAGGUGCUAAAAGUCCUACGUAACUUGAUCGUGACCCCUGACCUAGAGAAGUCUCACCACAUCAGCCAUGAACUUAAACUACCACAAUCCCUCUUUGAGUUGAUCAGAGAUUCUGUUUCAAACUCUGACUUUAUCAAGGAGCAGAGGAAUGUGCUUACUCUUGGAGAAAUUAUUAAAUUUAUUCUGUUCUACUGGGAAAGGCAUCGUGGUUGGGUGGAAGACGAGCCCAGACUGGAAGAGUUCACUGAGCCGCUCAAGACGAUUAUCAGUCAGUCAAAUCUUACUGCUCUGGCACCGCUCGCUGCUUCUGUUUUAUCUCUCUUCACUCUACAUGGUGUUGAUGUUUUUGUUGACGUGGAGAAUUUGACUUCCCUGCUGAAAAUACCUCCCUCGCCCCUGGUUUUACCGCCUCCUGGUUGGGGACUGUAUGAUGGCCUCCUCUCUUUACUCCUACACGCAUUGUCUGAGGAUGACAACGCUUCGGUCUCAUCUAAGUUAAAUCCACUUGUGUUCUUGGAUUUGUGGAAAAAAGUUGGUUCUUCGCUCACAAGCCCAACGCCAAACCUGGACUUAUUUUCAGCAGAUGGAAUUUACUCCUUUCUGUCUAUUGCGCUGCUCAUCUUCACAAAGGACCUGUACUCAUGCAUUCCUCUUUUUUCUGACAAAAAGUCUCAAUGUGUAWACACGCUCUGCUGGUUGCUCAGCAACGACUGUCCUCAUUUAUCAGCCAAGCCUCCCUGUGGGACAGCCGACACGGAGCUGAGCUGCGACUCUCUGUCCACGUUGAGCUGCCACCUGCUCUGCUUUCCGUUUGCUCUGGACCUGCCGCYACACACCAUGGCCGCCGUCCUGCAGGUGUAUGACAGCUGUCAUGUUGCUUCCAGCCUCCUGCAGGUGAUUCAGACAUUCCCUCCUUCUCAGCUGGAGCUGCCUCUCUCCCUGCUGAGCCGUUUGCUGUUGUGUGAUCCUGAGCGCUCCGUGUCCCACGUCGGAGGAGGUGCUUCUGGCUUUUUUUCGUCAACUCAGAGCAACCAGCUCUUCCCGUCCAAAACUCCCACCGCUGUGACCAGAACUGCCAGCUCUCUGCUCUCUGACUUGCUGCGGCAGGAUGAGCUGUGGGACUGUGCUGUGGAGCUCCUGAAUCUCUUGUCCCAAGUGGCCCGCUKCUCCUCUCAGCCCGCUUCCCCUCGGGUAUCUGUCGAGGCCGCGGCGCUGCAGCAGGCGCUGACUCAUCCGUACGACCAGAUCAGAGCUGCCACAUGUAGGUUUGUGGGGAAUUGGGAACCAUUCGGGGCUAAUGGAGCGCAUAACCUGCAGGCUGACAUUUUCAGACAGAUGAUAGACGUUCUUAAUGACUCCUGCACACAGGUGCGGCGGACGGCCUGCAGGGCGGUGGGGAACUGGCUGGGAUACGUUGCAGCAAAGUUUAAAAUGGGAGGAAGCUGCAGUGACUCUUCAGGGUGGGGCAAAGAGAACAAUGGCAGUAAACAAGCGCAUUCACACGUCGGAGCAGCUGGUGACGCGGUGACGGAGCAGAUGUUUGCAGCCAGCAGGAUGCAGUGCAGCGGGGAAGUUAACGAGAAGAGGGACGUCAGCACUGCACCGUGUCCCUUAGAAGUGUGCUGCACAAUGUUUGGACGACACUUCUGACUGCUUUAARCAUGAAGUGGGAAUAAAAACUCCACAAACCCCGGUAAAAAAGAAAAAAGAAAAAGCAAUUUCCCAACAUUUCCAAGCUGCAGCGACCUGCUUGCUCCUUCAGCUUUUUCUUCGA